AUGGCGAGGAAGAGGACCACAGACGGCGAGGCGAGCUCACUAUCGAAGAAAGCACGGCGAGAUGGCUCCUCCAGCACGCCCCCUCCCUCCUCAACCACCUACACCGAGGAUGCCACCUCCGCCGCCGGCACGACCGUCACAGCUGGUGGCUCUACCUACCGCCGCCUAAAGAAGUACAUCUGCUCGUUCGGAGAUUGCGGCAAAGCCUAUGAUCGACCCGUGAAACUGGAGGCCCAUGAACGUACCCACACCGGCGAGCGACCGUUUGUCUGCGGCGAAGAGGGCUGCGACAAAGCCUUCUUCAAGAGCGAACAUCUAAAGGCCCAUAUGCAACACAAGCACAGUAACGUGGCGGACCACAUCUGCAGCUACAUCGUGCGAAUCACCGAUGACGGAGUCGAGCACGAGUGCGGCAAAGCAUUCACGACAUCCAGCAGACUGAAACGGCAUCUGGCUAUUCACGUGAAAAACGAGGCGAUUCGGUGCGAUGACUGCGGCCAGGUCUUCCGCAGUAUAGACGUUCUGCAGCGCCACAUCAAGAAGGACCAUCUUAACGAGCUCGCAUUUGUCUGUACUCGGAUUGUGGUUCACACCACGGAUGAAGGCGACGAACUGGCAGAUGAGUGCGGAAAGGCCUUUGCCUCUAUCACCAAGCUCAAGGUGCACGAAAGGCGCGAGCACGGCGGCAACAUCUACUUCUGUGACGACUGCCGAGAGCCAGGACCUGCCGCGGACGAUGGCGUUGGCACCCCUAUGACCGAUUCUGACCGCCUUGGAUUUCGUACACAUGCCGAGCUGCAAGCGCACAUCAAAGAAGUGCACCCGCCGACUUGUACCAUCUGUUCAAAGCCGUGUCGUUCGAACCGCGAUCUCACAGCUCACAUGGAGAUCGCUCACGGCAACACGCUUGAUCAGCGAAAGCAGGCAUUCCCAUGCACCCAUCCAGGAUGCGAUCGAAGCUUUACCAAGAGAGGCAACCUGGCAGUGCAUGUUCAAUCAGUGCAUUCCAAGCAAAAGCCGUUCGUUUGCGGGCAAGCAGACCUUAGUGAUCAAAUUUCGAGCGAGAAAAUACCAGGCUGGAAUGGGGUAGGCUGCGGGAUGGGCUUCACUUCGAAAGCCAGUCUGAUAGGGCAUGUGCGAACUCAGCAUCUCGACCUGCCACCUCUCCGGCAGAAACCCAGCAAGCCCAAGAAGGCGAAGUCUGUAGCCACAGAGACGGCCGACUCGCCGAUGGAGCUUGACCAGCCAGUCGAGACCGCCGAUGCAAGCAAUGCUCCAUUGUCCCAACUUACCGGCCACGCCUACUCGGAAAACCGACACCUCGCCUGUUUGGACCCUCAUUGCGUUGUACGCUUCUAUCGCGAGUACGACCUGGAGCAGCACAUGAGGGCGAAGCACGGCUGGACAGAGUCCGACUUUGCGUUUGUACGGGGAGACAAGUUCUGGAUUGGCGGUGUAGAUGAGGACAUGAACGAUGAGCCCAUGUUCCAGCCGACGGAGACGGGCUUCAGUCGUGCCGACGAGCCCUCCUUUCAGAAUGGUGGUGGUGCGCAUGCGCCUCCAGUGUACAGAGAUGACGAGGAGGAUCGGAUGAUGCUCGAUCCUGUUCUGUUGCAGAUGUAA